AAGCAGCUUAUUAUCUUGAAAAUGUAAAUUCUUAUAACGAUAACGAGUGUGAAGUGUGAACACAAAAGGAGAAGAAAGAAAAAACCUACUUAGAUAGCUGGAAGAAAAAUAAUAAAAAGAGAAAAUCUCAGAAAAUAGUGCUUGAGAAAAAUGUUAUCAUGUCGAGCAUUGACAAACAAACGAUGAGACUGAUAAAACUUCAUCCGAGUGAUAAAAUAACUUCAUGCCGAAAGUGUACAGUUAAGUGAAGCGAUGUGGAUAUAAUAAUCAAAACAACAUUCAAAAGAGAGAGUAAUAAAGUUCCCUAAACCUCAUCCGUACCAGUAACAAACAAAGAAUAACAUUCGACACUAUGCUCAAGAUAAUAGCAUCAACUGAUAGCUCUAUUGCAAGCCUUGGCAACACAACAUCAGUAAUAGCAACGGCAACCCCUUUUACUUUUGAUUACAAUGCAACAGAGUUUUGGAAUUUAAGUAGAAGUGUAGAUAGUAGUCAUAAUAACGCAACCAUAGAUUUGUAUCAUCCAUGUCAUCCAUCCAACCCAGAAUUUAAUUGUUCUGUUGAUGAAUACCUGAGCUUUUAUUUAGGUUCAAGGCAGAUGCCACUUGAGACUGCAAUAUGGGUCACAAUCUUCUUCGUCGGAAUCUUCGCGACGGGUGUCAUUGGCAAUCUCAUUGUUUGUGUUGUCAUUGUUAAGAAUGCCUCGAUGCACACUGCAACCAAUUAUUACUUGUUUAGUCUGGCAGUUUCGGAUCUAUUAUUUUUAAUGAUGGGACUACCGUAUGAUUUGAGCUUAUACUGGCAUCAAUAUCCAUACAAUCUAGGAUUAACGUUCUGUAAAAUGAGGGCCCUAAUAUCAGAAGCAUCAACCUAUGUGUCAGUGUUGACAAUUGUAGCAUUUUCCAUGGAAAGAUUUCUUGCCAUUUGUCAUCCACUCCAUCUUUACACAAUGUCUGGGUUGCAACGUGCCGUUCGUAUCAUUGCGGCACUGUGGGUGAUAAGUUUUCUAAGCGCUGUGCCUUUUGCUGUUUUUACAAAAGUCCAUUAUCUUGCAUAUCCGGAAACGGGGGAAGAAAUACCAGAUUCAGCAUUUUGCGCAAUGCUCGAUAAUCCUGAUAAGUUUCCACUAUGGGAAGUGUCGACAUGUGUCUUCUUUGCCUUUCCAAUGCUGAUAAUGGUAAUCUUAUAUGGUCGAAUGGGACUGAAAAUCCGUUCAAGAACUCGGCACACUGUAGCGCUUGGAGUUCAACAAGGGUCGAUACAUGGUGAAUCCAAACAAUCGCAGUCACGGAAGGCAAUCAUUAGGAUGCUGGCUGCUGUCGUCAUAACAUUUUUCGUGUGCUGGGCUCCGUUUCACGCACAACGCUUGUUAUAUCUUUAUGGGAAAAACAUUGAGUCGUUUAAAGCGUUGAAUCACACAAUAAAUCCUAUUUUGUAUAAUGUAAUGUCACACCGAUAUCGAAUUGCUUUCCGGGAAACACUUUGCAGUAGAAAGCGUGGCUUUUACAGUAGUACAAAUGGCUUUGUAAGAGAUCAAUCGAGCUUUCGUGAGACGACAAUAGCUGCUACAGGCCGAGAUCAUAAGCUCAACUACGAGGGAUCCAAAUUGCUCCGACCUCAUCGAUGCUCGACACGAUGCUCAAAACGAUGCAAGGACCAUAAAAGACUGAACAACAGCAUGAGGUGGAAGGAGAAAGACAGCGUGAAACGCGUCGAUUCGUCGAAGAGCACGGACAGCACACAAUCAACCAAAUCGAACAGUAACAACUCCUCAAAUGUUAUUGUUGUCUGUAUUGGAAGUAGCUUUAAGACAAAAUGUUUUACCACAUCAACUAAUCCGCCACCAUCAUCGUCACAACCACCAUCAUCAACAUCGACAAACGAUAAUAAUCUGUCAACGUCAUCAUCGCCUAAUCACUGCAGUUAUAAAUCAGCAUCAUCGGCAACGACCAAUAACAAAUUAAAUCAUAGCCUAGUGAAUAUUUCUGAAAGUAACAAUGGGAGUAGAAUUAAUUGCCAAAUGAACAAUUUGCCUGAGGAAAAUGAAGAUGAGCUGGAAGGCGAGAAAAUCGAUAAAGUGGAUGGAAAUAAGAAAGAAUCAUCACAAUCUAAUGGUGUCACCAUGUACAAUGAUACAGAGUCGCAUGGUAAACUUAUCAAUGGAAGCAUAAAAGCAUAA